GCACGUUAAAGUAAUCAUGUUCUUUUUAUCGGUACAUAGUUUAAACAUUUUGAACUUUAAAACUAGGCCAUGUAAAUCACAUCUCGUGUAUCAAAUUAUAACAUUACUUGAGCAAGUUAAACUUCCACUGAAUGCAAACUAUAACUCAUUCAGAAUAUCUCCAACAUUUCUUUCGACAUUUGUUAUCAUAUUUGGGUACGUUAAGAAAUAAUGAAAUUACUUGAGGGUACUUUCUAUUAUAAAUUGAAUAAAAAGAUUUAACUUUUGACUUAAAACAUUUCACUUUAAACUUUUACUCUACAAUUUAAUGAUUCGUCAAUGUCGUAAAUACGACAACAAACUUGAUUUAAGAAAUUGAACACAAAAACAAAACGCGAGGCGCAUUAUAGUAUUUCACCAACGUAAUAACCCUUACACUAUUCAAAGGUUAUAGCAGGUGGGCAGUAACAGGGACUUUAUCCCACUUCUGAUGUAGAAAGGGUAAUUGUGUAUAGUACAGAGACUAAUUUUGUAGUUAGGAAUAAUAAUUAAUUCGUUUACUCGAAUUAACUAUCCAACGAGUUAAGGAUAAACUAGUAACGGAAUACGACAAGCGUACCGUUCCACGUCAGAGUCAAGACUGUCUUAACGGCGGCCGCUCCGUCCGUUUUAUACAAGCAGGACGGGUGGCAACGCAGGUGCAAUGCCGCAGGUGUGCGGUACACGUGUCGUUUACAAGAAUUCUGUCUAGCUAGACCGACGCCACCGCACCUACAACGGUGCAGGUGCCGUCAUAUAUAUAUAUAUACCUAGUCAGGUCAUAAAUUCUGUCAUAUGUUUAAUAUAAAAUAAUUGAAACAAGUUUAUUCAUUAUGUAACCAUUUAUAUACCAAAAUGAACUUAACAAAACAUAGAUUCUUAUGACACUAAAGUUUAUUCAAAAUGACCUCCGUGAUUUUGAAUACAGGCCUUCAAUCUGCGCGGCCAGUCGUCUAUCGCAGCACGAACGAGGUCCAUGUCAAUAUCGGCGGCUGCCUUAAUCAAGGAUGUCUUGAGUGACUCCAAAUUGGGAUGAGGCUUUGAGCACGCCUUUUCCUCCAAGGCUUGCCAUAUCUUGUAAUCUAACGGAUUCAAAUCUGGACUGGAGGAGGGCCAGUCUUCGUGCCGGAUGAAGUCGAUUUCACGCGCCGCCAGCCAGUCUUGUGUGCUCGUCGCUCUAUGAGCUGGCGCCGAAUCUCGUUGGAAUACCCAGUGCCUGUUAUUGAACAUGGUAUGAGAAACAGGUUCCACAAGGUUCGUCAGGACUGUAUUUUGAUACACAACUGCAUUCGUUUUUACACCUUUCUCACAAAAAUGUACCUCUGCUAAGCCCCAAUAAGAAACUCCCAACCAUACCAUGAGCGAGGAUGGAAAAUGACCUCGUUGGACACGCGGAAUACGGUUGCUCGCUUCUUCACUACUGUGUGCGUACACCUUAUCAUUUUGUUUGUUGUAGCUCUCUUCUACGGUAAAAAUUUUUUCAUCCGAAAAAAGAAUUUCCCGAUAUUUUUUUCCCGCGUACCACUUCAACAAAGCGCGGCAUCUCUUCAGUCUCCGGUCCAUUAGACGAGCAUUCAAACGAUGUCCUGUUUUUCUUCGAUAUGCCCGAAGUCCUAAGUCUUCAUUUAACACCCUUUUCACGAUGGUUCUGCUUAACCCCAUCUGAAGGGCCAAAAGUUUCUGCUUACGUUUAGGAUUUCUUUGAAUUCGCGCCUUCACAGCUUUUAUCACUGCUGGGGUCCUAACAGACCAAGGGCGACCACUUCUUGACCUGUCAUCUACACUAGAGUCUUCAUUGUAUGGUUUGAUGGUACGAUAAACGAAUCUUUUGGUUAUAAACAAUAUUUUCAGUAUGUCAAUGUAUUUGAAUUGGCGCGUAAACGCAACGAUGCAACGCAAUAACUGCAACACGGUCUUCUUUAAGCGUCCACUCCAUAUUUAAAAAUGAGUAAAAUUCUAAAAAGUAUACAGUUUUAUUUUCAUGAACAAUUCGAAAUUCGAAUUCAAUAAACUUUUUUGGGGCCAGCAUUCUAAAAGAAAAGUUUUUACUGUGAGACAAUACUUAUGACCUGACUAGGUAUAAAUAAAAGGUUGCCGACCCUGUGAUAGUGGAUAUUCUUACACUGUCACUGCACAAUCCACUUUUCUAUGCUGCUUCCCAUUGCCAUAUGGGCGAAUGUUUCUAGUGCAAAGUUAAGUUUGUCCUUCAAUCCAACUUACUUUUAUUAGAGCAAUAGUACUUAUUUUUACAAAAACAAUUAUCAAACUGUUUAUACUGUUAUAUAUUACCCUAUUGUAUAUAAACAAAUAUCAAUAAACAAAGAUAAAUCUUUGUCAAUUUACAGCUUUCGUGAAUCUGAAUCCAAAAGUUGUUGAGACUCGAUUCUCGGGAUAGAUGAACUAUGUACAUUCUUAUUUAAGUUUACGCUGAAUCCUCACUUUUGUCCGGUGUUUAUUAUUCUUUGAAGUUGUUGUCAGGAAGAUGCUGCCCCCCGAUCUCCUGUUUCAGUUUCCCUCUGCCCCUUUUUACGACAUCUGCGGGAUGGCAGGCGGUAGUAUGGGUUCUCCUACUCCACCACUAUAUUGGCUUUUUCUCUUAUUUGAAAAAAUUAUUUCCUUUCAGUCAAUACCAAAACCGCAUAAGGUUAGAGAUGAGAUUAAAUUCACACCAAUUUAUCAUAUAGAUAUCUGGCCUGUAGAGUGUGAUAUAGACAAUGAUUGCAAGGACGAAAUUUUUUGCCUUGAUGUCGUUAAAGUUGAGGAAGAGAUUUUCGAAUAUGAGAAUUCCAAAUUGGAAGAAAAUGAGAAUCAUGAAACAGAACCAUACAUCACACCGACAAAUCAUUUUUCAAAAGCGUCUGAGAGCAACAUUAAAUCAAAUUCUACUGAUUGUAACAUAAACGAUGUUCGUAAAGGAAACCUCGAUUUAGAAAGCCCUACUAUUAAAUUAAAGCCUAAAGUGAAAAAAGAUAAUCAACCAAUUAAUAAAAAAGGAAAGCAUCCUGCAAAUAUUAUGAGAAAGAAAAUAUUGAAACAAAAAAGUGUAAAUAUACUUACGAAAAAAACGUCAGGGGCAUCAACAAAAUACAUUUUUGAAUGUGAUGGUUGUAGCAAAAAAUUUUCAACAAAAGACAUUCUCGCCAAACACAUUUCAUACAGUCAUAAGACGCAAAAGAACUCAGUCACCACUGCAGUUCUGACACAAGUUGAACAAACUCCAGUACCACAACUAACGGAAAUAUUUAAUUGUGAUAUUUGCGAAUUUAAAACAUCUCAAAAAGGUCGCAUUUUGGCACAUCUUAAAGCGCACGUCGCUGAACAAGUGUACUGUUGUAAUGAUUGUGAUUAUAAAUGUAUUAGAAAAGAUCAUUUGCAGAGACAUAUGAAAAUACAUACUGGAGAAAAACCUUUUUCAUGUAAUAUCUGUGAAUAUAAAUGUAUAGAAAAAAGUUAUUUGCAAAAGCAUAUGAAAAUACAUACUGGAGAAAAACCUUUUUCAUGUAAUAUCUGUGAAUAUAAAUGUAUUAAAAAAAGUGAUUUGCAAAGGCAUGUGAAAAUACAUACUGGAGAAAAACCUUUUUCGUGUCAUAUCUGUAAAUAUGAAUGUAUUCAAAAAAAUAAUUUGCAAAAGCAUAUGAAAAUACAUACUGGAGAAAAACCUUUUUCAUGUAAUAUCUGUGAAUAUGAAUGUAUUCGAAAAAGUAGUUUGCAAACACAUAUGAAAAUACAUACUGGAGAAAAACCUUUUUCGUGUCAUAUCUGUAAAUAUGAAUGUAUUCAAAAAAGUCAUUUGCAAAAGCAUAUGAAAAUACAUACUGGAGAAAAACCUUUUUCAUGUAAUAUCUGUGAAUAUAAAUGUAUUCAAAAAAGUAAUUUGCAAAGGCAUAUGAAAAUACAUACUGGAGAAAAACCUUUUUCGUGUCAUAUCUGUAAAUAUCAAUGCAUUCGAAAAAGUAAUUUGCAAACACAUAUGAAAAUACAUACUGGAGAAAAACCUUUUUCAUGUAAUAUCUGUAGAUAUCAAUUUAUUCGUAAAAGUCAUUUGCAAAGGCAUAUGAAAACACACACUUGAGCAGAACCUUUUUUGUGAGAGAUCUGGUAAAAUAUGUGCAAUAUCAUGUAAACGUGUUUUAUAUAAAUAUAAAAGUAUACUAGAUAAAAGUCCAUUUGUCAUGAGUUCCUUAUGUAGCUGUAGAACGAGUAGAAAAACCUUUCCGUGUCAUAUGUGCUAUUGGAAACUGCAUUUAUUCUGAAGAAGCUAAUUCAAAAACCAAUGAAACAACCAAGUGAAAUCGAACCUUGAAAUAUGUACCGAGUGGUUAGUGGAAACAGACCAGCAGUGCUAUUCUCUAAAAUACAAAUUCGAUUUCGAGAUUCACUCAGACGAUGUAGCUCACUUCGAAAGCGAACGCGCUUGACCUUGAUUUGGUAUUCUGUAAGCAUGUGCUACGCACAUGCGAAGUGAAGUGAGGUUCGAAUCGAAGACCGCUUAGCUAGGGAUGGACUCAUUAACAAUAUUCAGUCGAUAUUAGUUGUCUAUCCCUUUUUUUAGUAAUAAACGAAAAUUUUCUUAUGUAAUUUUAUAUUUAAUUAACUGAUAUUCAAUAUAAGUACAUUCUUUAUAUGUUAUUAUAUUUUAAUGCCCAAAAUAACGGCACUUUUAAUAACUUGGCUCUAUAGUGCAGUGUCUUUGCCGCAGUUACUUGAGAACUUUAUGACAUAAACAAAGUUUGUUUACAAGCGCUACGCUGGCUGAGUGACAGUGCGAAGCAAAGAAUACAAUGUUAUAUAGGGAAGUGCGAAGUAAAAAUAUUUUGCGACAAUUUUAUAAAUUAUACUGUUCAUUUUAAAAAUAAACAUGAACCCGACAGAAAGAGCGUCACUUCCAUCUCGGGAUCAAAUUUUAACUCUUUUGGACCUUUUACAAAAAAAAUCCAAGUUUGGCAAAAGGAUUUUCAAGAGUACCUAGUGCAAGAGAUGCCACACGGAAAAUGUGGGAGAAAAUCGCCCUAAAAUUAAAUAGCUUGGGAGGCUGUGUUAAAACUUCGAAGCAAUGGAUGAAGUAUUGGGCCGAUAAAAAAAGUGCUGUAAAGAAAAAGGGGGCUUUACGGUUUCGUACAAAAAAUAAGACUGGUGGUGGAGCAGAGGUUGUGGAAUUGUCAGGCGUAGAGGAAAGGAUUUUGACCUUACUGGGUGGUGAAAGUUUUGCCAUAGGUGACAGGCACUUAGAAAUUAACCCUUUUGAAGAUACACAUGCUAGCUUAGAUCCCCCCACUGAUAAUAGCAGUCCAUCAUUGCUGACCAACCAAUUAUUUGUGGGUUUGGAUGCAACCCCACCAAACACAAUGGAACAAGAUUCUAUAACAAAUAUAGUAUUGGCAGAAGAUGUUAUCAAUAUUCCUACAAUAGAGACACCACAGCAACCCAGACUUGAAUGUGUUCCUGGGACAUCGCAUUUGUCUACAAGGCCAAGUGUUGUGCGCAUAGUGACUCAAAGCCCCAUGCCAAGAGCACAGACUGUGCCCAGCACUCCUCCAAGAGUUGGUUCACCAGUAUGUCCGAUGCCUACAACACCUUCUGGAUCAGGCAGACACCCACAGCGAGGUAUAAUCAGCAGCUGGCUCGAUCCAUAACGCCAAUCCAUUCUCACCCCAAUGCCACAACUUCAAGUUGUCGUGGCAGACGUCGCAGACCACUGUCACCACCAUCACAGCGACAGUCUCAUUUGACGGGUCUAGCCGAGCGGUUCCUACGAGUGGAAGAACAGCGGACUGAAAUACAACAGCAGAGCCUUGCAAUAUUGCAAUCUUAUCUGGAUAAUCAAAUAGAAAGGGACAGAUCUACAGCUCAAGCAAUGCAAGUCAUUGGGGAUGGGUUGAAGUUGUUGGCAGAGAUAUU